AUGGUUGUUAUUGCAGUCGCUGGUGGAAGUGGUGGGGUGGGAAAAACCAUUGUUGAAAAAUUACUGGAAUCUAAAUUCGACGUUGUCAUUUUAUCACGCACUGCUAGGCAGGAAAAUUCCUCACAAAAAGUUCAAAAUUUGCAAAUCAAUUACGAUGACAUUCCCUCUAUGGCACAUGAAUUUGAGCGACACAAGAUCCACACCAUAAUAUCAGCGAUUGGUCUUGUUUCUGAUGAGACCAGCCAGUCUCAGUUGAACUUGAUCGAAGCUGGAGAGAAGUCGGUAUCAACGAAAAGAUUUAUUCCAAGUGAAUACUCUUUCAUACAAACCCCAAAUCUACUUUCAAUUGACCCGAGCAUUCAAUGGUGGCUCGAUGCGGCAGAACGUCUCAAGGCUAGUGGGCUGGAAUAUACCAGGGUAAUCCCUGGCUUUUUCAUGGACUACUGGGGAAUGCCUUAUGUCCAAACACACCUACAACCAUUUACCUUUGGAAUUGACAUAGCGAGUGGCACGGCUGCGAUUCCAGGGAAUGGUGACAACGUGAUAUGUAUGACCUAUACAUAUGAUCUGGCCACUUACUUGGUCAAAGCACUUGAUCUUGACAACUGGCCUGAGUUCAGUAUCAUUGUUGGCGACGAGGUCACCUACAACCAGGUACUGGAAUUGGCGGAAGAAUUCACCGGCAAGAAAUUCAAAGUCACCUAUGAUACCUUGGAGCAGAUCACGGCUGGGAACGUCACCGUCCCUCCUCAACCAGAAGGUGUAGACUCCUCAUCAGAUGAAAUCAAAGAGAUGACUGCGCUAGUGAGUAGACUCACAGUCAAUAAUGUGUUUCAAUUGCCAAAGGAUCGUCUCAACGCUCAGUUCCCAGAGGUGAAACCAGUCACCUUCAGAGAAUUUCUACAAAACGCCUGGGGACGAAGCAGGGUAUAA